AUGAAUAAAGGUUUGUAAUUUUUUGAUUGUAUUAGGUCUUGCCUUAUAUACUCUUAAUAAAUAUAAUGAGGCAAUUGUUUGCUAUGUUAAAGCAAUCCAAAUAGAUCCAAAUUAUGCAGAUGCCUAUUUAAAUAAAGGUUUAAUUUUUUGA